AUGUCAUCGGACUUGCGGCCUCAUAUCUUGGACACUCGGAUGAUGAGAGGGGAGGAGCUGCCAACCGAUCACCACCUGGUGGCAGCUGAUGGGUACCGGCUAGCCAAGCAACACGCGGUUCUCGUGGUCACUCAGGCAAAAACCCGGGCAUGUUGGGGAAAGCAGUGCAUCUCUAACACUGUGUAUCGUGUGGAUGGGCCGCUGCUGACUUCGACCUGGAACAUUGUAAGUCGGUGGGACGAAUACUUUAAAGACCUCAACUUCAACGAUGCACCUUCCCAUGAGGAAGCAGAGCAUGGGGAAGUCGUUCCUUGCGCUGCUUUGCAAAUUUUCAGCACCAAUGAGACACAUUUCUCAAACCAAAGCGUACAACUGUGGACGCCCGUAAGGCAACAGACGACGUUCGGUCAGUCGAACAGGACGGAACCGAGCCAAUGGGGUAACUCUGCCGUUAGCCGGCGGAUCCGGAUCCAUCAACUGAAGAGGCCCGCUGUUGAGGAGCGCGUCCAAAUUCUACCGACGCCAGAACCCGAUGUCCAAGAUGAAGUUUUAAAGAUCGCAAUUCAAGGCCCGGAUCUGGACCCGCCCGUUGAACCGGAUCCAAAGAUGGCAGUUGACUUUGAGCAGCGGGUGCCCAAGCCGGCAGACAGCCUGGCGGUGCAGUGUGGCGAGGGGGAGGUCAUCGUAGAGGUCAAGCAGAACUUCUUUGGAAAUGGCCAGCUAAUCCGUCCAAGCGAUUUGACAUUAGGAGGCUGUGGCCUGCUUCGCCAAGACGACCGCGUGCUUCUUUUCCGGACCGAGCUCCACGGCUGCGGCGGCACGGCCAAGAUGACGGACGAAGCCCUCAUUUACACCUUUUCGCUCGCGUACUCUCCAACGCCAGUCGGAGACUCCUUGGUAUUUAAGACGAAUCCUUCCGAGGUGCAAAUUGAAUGCCAUUAUCCCAGGAAGCACUAUGUAAGCAGUCAUGCCGUGAUGCCUCAUUGGCAGCAGUUUGCUUCCAGCCUGUUAACAGAGCAGCAGCUCCGCUUCUCCCUCAGGCUCCUGACAGAGGAUCAUCAGUCCCAGCGGUCCACCGGUGUCUACCUUGUGGGCGAGAUGAUCCAUUUGGAAGCCUCGGUCCUACAGGGCUACCACAUUCCACUGAGGGUCUACGUUGACAGCUGCGUAGUCACCUUGAGCGCCGCCCCAAAUUCCCAACCGGCGUAUACAUUUAUCGAUAAUCAUGGGUGUCUAAAAGAUGCUAAGCUAACAGGAGCCAAGUCCUACUUUAUGCAGCGAAGCAGUGAGGAUAAGCUUGCAUUCCAGGUGAAAGCUUUCAAUUUCCAGAAAGACGGCAGGAAUUCGCUUUACAUUACGUGUCGGCUAACGGCAACAGUGCUCUCUGUUCCGAUCAGCUCGCGACACAAGGCCUGUUCGUUUUUAGUUGAAGCCAACAGAUGGGUAGCAUCAGGUGGCGACAACAAGGUGUGCAGCUGUUGUGAAAGCAGCUGCAGUGAGCAGAGGUGGAAAAGGAACCUCCGAGAGGAUGCGGUAGCAGGUCUUCAGCCACACAUUCAAUGGGAAGGAUCUGCUAUUUUAGGCCCCAUCCGAGUGAAGGAAAACACGACACGAUCCAAUUCUACUCGUCGGAAGCCAAAACUCGCCUUAAUCAGCGUACAAAGGCACAAGUGGGUGUCUCCGGGGUUUCUCAUCUUAUCUGCUGAGAAAGAUGUUGAAAUUGUUUGGCUGAAGACGCGAGAAGAGGCUUCACUUUGCUUUUUCAAUGGCGCAGCAGCUCUCUUAUCGUGGAGGCCAAGUGAGGCUUUCCCAAAGUUGUACCGCAAAGAGCUUUCUGGGUUGAGGAAAACAACAGGCCUGCGCUUUGACCUUCAGUCUCUUUGUGUUGUAACGGACACUGUGGACCCUCCCAGAAGAGGGAAGAGGAAAGCGCUGGCUCGACCUUCACAGCUGAACCUCGAGAACCCUCACUCCUGA